AUGCACUCAACAUCCCUUCAAAAGGAAAUUUUUGAUUAUGAGGGGCGUGUGCGUAUCGAGAAGCACGCGAGACAAGAGGUAGAAAGAAACUCUCAGUACAUCACGGAGCAUCCGGAGAUAACACCUCUUUUGCAUGACAUUCUGCAGCAUCUCCUUAUUCACAAGCCGGAUGAACCAAUCGCCGCCAUACAAGAAUACGCCCGUGCCCGCUUGCCGCCGGCAAGAAGACAGCAGAUGUAA